GACGCAUCACAUAUAUUCUAUUUCACCAAACAUACAAACUACACAGUAAAUGCAGGAUCGAAACGCUCUAUUAAAUUUGGUCUUUACAAAUUAGAACUACCAUCGAGACUAUCAUACCCGGUUCCGCCUGGAUAAUUCAGAGUUAAUUUGGUGUCGUCAAUCCUACCGUGGCUAAUUUCGCUUCAAUUCUUUGAGAUUGAGGUUCACGUCAUCCAAUGUCGGUGCCAGUCAGUCGAUACAUUUUCUAUUCAUUUUUUACAUCGACAAAGCGACAAUGACCAUCUUCAUUAUGUCUGACCCCACGAAUUCUAUCUAUUAGAUUUGUCUUUAUCUAUUACUACAAGUAGGAAACUUUAUAAACUUCAAAGCCCCAACCAUACAUCCUCUCAUUCACAUACACACGUACACACACUUCCUCGAACAUUUCAAACCAUAGAUUAUUCACAAAAUCUCACACACACACAAAGAUGAAUCUCCUCACAAUAUCAACACAAAUAAUACUAGCAAUCUUCUUCUUCAUGCAUUCAACCCAAUCCCUCUCCUCCCAAUCCCUAAUCCUCCCCCUCAAAGCCAAGCUAAUCCCCCACCCCUCAAACAAGCUCUCCUUCCACCACAACAUCUCCCUCACCGUCUCCCUCACCGUUGGCUCGCCGCCUCAGGCGGCGACCAUGGUCCUCGACACCGGCAGUGAGCUCUCCUGGCUCCGCUGCCGCAACACCCCCGACGCCGCCUCCCCAUCCUUCUCCCCCUCCCUCUCCUCCUCCUACCGCCCCACCCCUUGCUCCUCCUCCACCUGCACCACCCGCACCCGCGACUUCCCCAUCCCGGCCUCCUGCGACGCCAAACGCCUCUGCCACGUGGCCGUCUCCUACGCCGACGCCUCCUCCGUCGAGGGCAACUUAGCCGCCGAGGUUUUCCACCUCGAUCGGUCAAAUUCCUUUGAUAACGUCACAUUCGGCUGCAUGGACACCGGUUCAUCUUCCAAUCCAGAGGACUUAAAAACAACCGGUCUGGUCGGAUUGAACCGGGGCGGGUUAUCCUUCAUAACCCAGGCUGGUUUUCGCAAAUUCUCCUAUUGCAUAUCCGGCAAAGACUCCAGCGGCGUGCUGCUCUUCGGCGACGCAGACUUCCCCUGGCUGUCGCCGCUGAAGUACACGCCGCUGGUGGAAAUGCCGGCGGCGACGCGGCUCCCGUACUUCGACCGGACCGCGUACACGGUCCGGUUAGAAGGGGUCCGGGUCGGGAACCGGUUACUCCCGGUUCAAAAGACCAUAUACGAACCGGACCACACGGGAGCCGGUCAGACCAUGGUCGACUCGGGCACCCAAUUCACGUUCUUGCUCGGGCCGGUUUAUUCGGCUUUAAAAGCCGAAUUCCUACGACAGACGAAGGGGAUUCUCCGGCCACUGGACGAGCCGGAAUUCGUGUUCCAGGGGGCGAUGGACGCGUGCUUCAGGGUGGAGCUGAGCAGGAGGGCGGCGCCGGCGAUGCUGCCGGCGGUGGCGCUGAUGUUUAGAGGGGUGGAGAUGAGCGUGGGAGGGGAGAAGCUGCUUUACCGGGUCGCGGGUAUGACCCGGGGAAGUGAUGCGGUUUAUUGCUUGACGUUUGGGAAUUCGGAUCUUUUGGGGGUGGAGGCCUACAUUGUAGGGCACCAUCACCAGCAAAAUCUGUGGAUGGAAUUCGAUUUGUCCCAGUCCCGGCUCGGCCUCGCCGACUUCAGCUGCGAUUUGGCCGCGCAAAAGUUGGGGCUGUAAUUUACGAGCAGACGCGGAUUUUUUUUUAUCGUUGUGUAAUUAAUUUACUUGCAUCGAAGAUGUAUAGUGGUUUCAGAUUUCUCGAGUAAAAUUUUGCUUGGUAAAUGCUCGCUGAGCAUAAAAGAUAGUACUUCGUCCGUUUCUUUAUAGUUGAGUAUUUUUCCAUUUCGGGAAGUUUCUUCAUAGUUGAGUCAUUUUCAUAUAAGGCAAUUUUUUUCUCUUUCUUACUUUAUUCUCUCUACUUUAUACUUUAUU